AUGGCCACAACGCCCGGUGGUAAGAUAGACCGACGUCGUGCUGGCUCCAACUACUUCCAGCUGGAUGCCGAUCGCAAGCGCAAUACAUCAAACAACCGCAGCAACUAUGGCGACGGACGUGGCACGUUCGGAGAUCGCUUGAGCAUGAUGGACGUUGUGCCCCCUUCAAGCCAGGGAGGGAAUGAAAUGCGUGGCGGUGGCCUUCAGGGAGACUUUGCUGAUGAGGUUUCUGUUGAUUUUUGCUGCGAGGUGCUUUACAAUAAGUUUGGCUUUCAGUCGGGCAGCGUGGAUAACCAGCGUGAGCACGUGUUGCUUUUGCUGGCCAACUCAAAGGCACGCGCGAAGCCUCAGGAGCCUCCUGGACAUCACGUCGUGACGCUUCAUAAGAAACUCAUGAGUAACUACACCGAGUGGUGUCAAUUCCUUGCCGUACCCAGUGUCACGUACAUCGGCCAGCCUCAAGGAGAGCUAAAGAAUCCAUUGCACAUGGACAUUAUGCUGUUCCUUUUGCUGUGGGGAGAAGCAGGCAACUUGAGACACAUGCCGGAGUGCCUUUGCUAUCUAUACCACCAAUCGAUGAACAUGCUAAACCAGGAUUUUCUAGGUGAGCAAAAGGUGUCAGAGGGAUGGUACUUGCGUCAAGUGGUACGCCCUAUCUGGAAGGAGGCGUCGAAUAUGCAACGAAAAAAUAAAUUGGGCAAAAAUCUUGAGCACACCCAAGUGCGAAACUACGACGACAUAAACGAGUACUUCUGGAAAAAGUAUUGUUUAAACAUUGACGUUACUCAAAUCGGCGAAGAACUGACAAAAAAACACACCAAGACGUACUACGAACAUCGAAGCAUCUUUACGCUUGUGCUCAAUUACUACCGCAUUUUCCAGUUUAAUAUGAUGUUUCUUAUGGUUCUCAUGGCCAUCGGUUUUAUAUCGGCCAUAUCGCCUAGUGGUGGCCAGCAAUGGUUUGCUCAAUUUGACUCCAUGGGUGAAGUCGUUGAGCCUUAUCAAAAGCAGAACGUCAAGCUCACGUACGUCGGGAUUGUGUUCUCUCUUUCUACAAUGGGUUUUUGUAAGACUGUUCUCGAAGCGUGCCAUGGAUGGCAUUUGCUCACGGCGAGUGAGUCGUCCGAGACGUCUUCGAGAUCAUUUAACUAUGGUGGUGCUCUCGUAGUACGAAUGCUUUGGAAUGGUGCGUUCGCUGGAAUUUUUGGUCUGAUGAUCUAUACACCUUUAAUUACAGACGAAAAUACGGAGUUGCUCGACAAAGCUGCACCUGCGUCCGCUGCUUUUAUUCUGCCUGGACUCAUAGUCAUCAUGGUGCAGGCAUUUGCCCCUUCCAUGGUUUCUCGAUCGUUUGCGGCCAAAUUUAUCCGUGAAGGAGAAUCGUGCUAUGUUGGCCGCAAUAUGGCACCUCCGCUCAGCUACCAAGUCAAGUAUAUCACCUUUUGGCUCAUUUUGUGGGCACUGAAAGCUUUCGUUUCAUACUUCAUUCUCGUACGGCCACUGGUUCUCCCAUCGCUAGCAAUUUAUGAGAUGGAUCUCGAAUACGGUAGCAACGUGGUAUCUUUUCACAAUUUUGGUGUCAUUGCCGCGUUGUGGUUACCAGUAAUUUUCAUUUUCAAUUACGAUACGCAAAUUUACUUUACUGUCUUCCAAGCCUCAUUAGGAGGCAUUCAGGGUCUAUUGAUGAAGACAGGAGAGAUUCAUGGAAUUAAGGAGAUAUCAAAGGCAUUUCGUGUUGCACCCCAACUAUUUGAUCAAAAGGUGGUGACUAACCUUGCCCGUUCGAACGAUGCGGCUGCGGACGGUACUGCUGCCGCAUAUCAAUCACAAAUGAUGUUACGGUUCGUUGUCGUUUGGAAUGAAAUUGUCAACUCAUUUCGCGAGGGAGAUUUGGUAGACGACAAAGAGGCUGCGAUACUUCAAUACGACAUCCAAGGCUCGGGUGACGUAUUUGAGCCCGUUUUUCUGUCGGCUGGUAAGCUCGUAGAAGCUCUUGAUUAUACGGUCAAAUUGGCUAAAGAGGGCAAGGGUGACUCGCAACUCCAAGUUUACAUGGUGCAGAAAGACUGCUUAUCGGCUGUCCGUAGUUUUUUUACGGCGAGUAUGUACGUCAUGGAAGCUUUGUUGGGCAGCGACGAUGCCGACAUUCUAGACGCAUUACGUCAAAUGGAGACAAUUGCUUCGAGUGGCAGCUUCAUGAGCACAUUUGACGCUAAGAGUCUCGUCCAGCUGCGCACAGUUUCGAUGGAAUUUUUGGAAGCUGUAAUGGAUUUACCUGAUCCUGAUGCACAGUCUUCGCACUUGACGACAUCCCGUGUGCAUACAAUGGGUGUUGUUCGAAAUUUCGUGACGAAGAUGGAGAAUCUGCUUAAUACCAUUCGUGUUUUUGCCAGCCGCCCAGAGCUUGCCGCGAAAUUUAGUAAUUCCAAAUUUUGCUCUAGCGCAAAUGGCUACGUUUUUGCUGCUCGUGGAUUAGUAAAUUUGUUUCACAAUGACACCGCCAUGGGUGCUGCAACUCGCGCGUAUUUACUCAUGUCUCUUGAGAAGGCUGAUGCGAUGCCGCGUGUACCUGAAGCUCAGCGUCGACUUGGUUUUUUUAUGAAGUCGCUUCUUAUGGACAUUCCCCAGCUGACUUCGGUGAAGGAGAUGCACUCUUUUUCUGUAGUAACACCAUUUUACAGUGAAAGUGUGCUUAUCUCUCUAUCAGAGCUCAACGAUCCGCUGGCAAAUCACCCAGUCUUUCAAAAGGUUGAAGAAAAAGGAAAGAAUAUAACCAUUCUUAAGUAUCUACUCACAAUUCACCCAGAAGAGUGGGAAAACUUUUUAGAGCGGAUUGAUGUAAGCAGUGCCGAGGAAGCGCAAGCUAAUUACCCCUUGGAGAUUCGCCUGUGGGCGUCAUAUCGCGGUCAAACGCUUGCGCGUACUGUGCAGGGUAUGAUGCUGUACGAAGAUGCGAUCAAGAUUCUCCACUGGCUUGAAAUUGGUUCAAGCCCUGGCAAGACGGCUGAACAAAAGCAGGCUCAGCUUGAAGACAUGGUGCGUCUCAAGUUCUCGUACAUUUGUGCUUGUCAGGUAUAUGGCAAGCACCGCGCAGAAGGCAAGGCCCAGGCUGACGACAUCGAUUACCUGCUCAAAACGUACCCCAACUUGCGGGUUGCCUACGUUGAUACUAUUAUGACUGGCGAAAGCAAACAAUUUGAUACGGUGUUGAUUAAAAGUGAAGGCAACGAAAUUGCUGAGGUAUAUCGAUAUGAAUUGCCGGGCGAUCCGAUUCUUGGGGAAGGAAAGCCAGAAAACCAGAAUAAUGCGCUACCAUUUACGCGUGGUGAGUACCUCCAGACGAUCGAUAUGAAUCAGCAGCACUACUUUGAAGAGUGUCUGAAGAUGCCGCAGCUGCUUGUAACUGCCGACCUGCAUCCCUCCAAGAAACCAGUUUCUAUUAUUGGGAUGCGGGAACACAUUUUCACAGGCAACGCGUCAUCCUUGUCAAAAUUCAAGUCGUGGCAAGAGCUCGUGUUCGUAACGCUAUCGCAGCGUGUUCUAGCUGACCCGCUUUAUGUGCGUAUGCACUAUGGACACCCCGAUAUAUUUGACAAAAUUAUCGCUCUUCCUCGCGGCGGUGUGUCCAAAGCCUCCAAAGGUAUCAACCUGUCGGAAGAUGUUUUUGCUGGUUUUAACUCGACUCUUCGCGGCGGCGUUGUGACGCACGUCGAAUUUAUGCAGUGUGGUAAGGGGCGAGAUGUGGCGCUCUCGCAAAUUUCCAUGUUUGAGGGCAAGUUGGCGAACGGAGCUGGGGAGACAUCUUUGGCUCGUGAGGCGCAUCGUAUGGGCCAAUUUAUGGACUUCUUCCGUCUGAACUCCAUGUACUACUCGCACACUGGUUUCUAUUUUGCUACGUGGAUGACGAUCGUAACAACUUUCGUGUACAUGUACUGCAAAGUGUAUCUUGCAUUGGCUGGUGUGCAGCAGCAAAUUGUGUUUGACAUGAAUUCGACUGCAGUAAUAUCUGGUAACGUUGCAAACAAUUUUGACGAACGUGUAUUUAAGGACCUAAAGUCAGUGCUCAAUACGCAAUUUUACAUCCAAGCCGGCACCUUUCUCAUGCUUCCCCUCAUGUGUGUUUACUUCGGAGAAGGUGGUUUUGUGCGCGGCAUGACUCGAUUUAUCGACAUGAUCAUCACUCUUGGCCCUGCUUUCUUUGUCUUUCAAGUCGGAACCACCAUGCACUAUUUUGACAACAAUAUUGUACACGGUGGUGCCAAGUACCAGGCUACCGGUCGUGGGUUUAAGAUUUCACGAGAAACUUUGGUAUUGUUGUACAAAGCUUAUGCCAGUUCACAUUACCGAAAGGCCUGGGAGCUGAUUGGUUUGUGUCUCGUGUAUAUGGCUUUUGGUAAUUUUUACAUUUGUCAAACUGAUGCAUCUGCUAACGACAACACCUUUGCAUCCGACUAUUGCGAUACUGCACAGGGUUACGGAGUCCAGACAUUUUCCGUUUGGUUCAUUUCAAUUUUGUGGGUCGUUGGUCCCUUUAUGUUCAACAGUGAUGGUCUCGAUUUCCGGAAAACCAAAGUUGACAUUCACCAGUGGUGCAUGUGGAUGUUUGCUCGCGAAGACUACAAAGACGAUGAUCCGACUAACAAAGGCGGUUGGAUUGGCUGGUGGAAAGGCGACUUAGAACAGCUUCACAAUUCCAACAUGAUUUCGCGGGUCACAGUUAUUGUUCGAGAAUGCCGCCAUUUCUUGCUCAUGUUUUAUGUGGCAACGCUCGAGACAUCGGAUGUUAUGUACGUAGCGUACUCGUUCGGUGGUGCUGUUGCUACGGUCUUUUUGCUCGUCAUAUUUCACAUCAUAGGCAUGGGCAUGCGCUCUAUGAGCCCUGUCACGCGCGCAGUGCUUUACCUGGGAACAAUGGCAACCCUUGUCACGGUGUAUUUUAUGGCAACCUGGAUUGUUAUGAAUUGGAAGUUCAAGUAUGCUUUAUCACUCUUCUUUGCAUACGUGGCGGCACUAUACGGUAUUAAUGAAUGCUUUCGCAUGUGGAGUUUUCCACACUCGUCGAUUGCUAGUGUUGCAGUGUUUCAGCAGCUGCAGUUUCUUUUCGACUUCAUAUUUUGCACAGGAAUGAUCAUUCCACUCGUAGUUAUGUCGUGUAUACCAUUUUUGAACGUUAUACAAACGCGUAUGAUGUACAAUGAAGGAUUUUCCAAAGUCAUGUCUGCUUCGUCGCAGUAUGCGUUUUCGCUUGCAGCCUUUAUGGGAAUUUUAGGUGGAAUCGGCGUUGGCUGGCUUUAUAACCUGCUCUCAACACUUGAGCAGUCUGCAAGCUUUGCCAGUUAUGUAGUUACUUACGAUGGCGUCUUGAGUGGUAACGUUGGCGAUGGCACUACCACAUACUUACUUUACGCCGCAUGUGUCGUGGGCACGAUUAUCUCCGGUUGUCUCAAUUUUUUUUUGGGCCGUCGAUUGACAAUUGUGGCUGGUGGUCUUUUUAGUACGCUUGGUAUGGUGGCUGUAAGUGCAAAUGACGACCUUCGGUCGAUGCUGCUCAUGCCCGGUAUUGGCCUGCUCGGUGUUUCCUGUGGUAUUCUGCUGCCGACGCUGGCCAUCUACAUCUUCGAGAUCUCGACCAAAGAGAUGCGUGGCAAGGCUAUCUUGUUACUGGGUAUUGGCUUCAUCACCGGCAGUUUGUUUGGCGGAAUAUUUGCUACAGUUAAUCAGUUAGGAUGGAUCUGGCAGGCUUUCGCUGCUUGUAUUAUCAUCGCACUGGUCACACCGGUGGUAAACGUAUUCCCAGAGAGUCCAUAUUGGGUGCUGGACCGUAAAGGCUGGGAAGCAUGUGAAGCAUGUCUUGUCAUUCUGCGUCGCAAGCCCGACGUGAAGGAAGAACUCAAAAUCAUGCGAGAUGAAGAAACUGCAGAUGAAGGAGGCGCAGGCGCCUUCAAAUAUCUCGUUUGCAUUUUUCUGAUGCUUGUGUCCUCGCUUACCACGGGAUUUCUGAAUGCGUUCAUUAGCUACAAGGGUUCAAGCAUGUACACGGAUCAGGACCAACUUUUUGUGAAUGCUAUGGCACUACAACUUACAGGUGCAUUCAUCGCCGUCUUUUUUAUCGACAAGCUUGACCAUAAGUCCAUUCUGUUUGGCACUUUAAUACCCCUGGCUAUUUGCGCUGGAAUUAUGGGCUUUAACGAGAAGUCUGAUGCUCUUGGCGAAUCGCAUGGCUCCGGCCUGUACGUUAGCCUUGUGGUAAUGCUUAUGUAUUUCUUCAUGGGCCUCGGAACAAGCUCUGCUCCAUGGUCCGCGUGUGUCGGCAUGUUCACAAGUCGCGGUCGCGCGUCUUCAACGACAUCCCUUUUCACAUUAUUCUUCUUGGCGGAUAUCGGUUAUGUGUACAUGCACGCACAGGACUCAACGAUGGAAAAUGAGUAUAUCUAUCUCUACGCGAUCGCAGGCUUUAGUGUCGUUUCACUGAUGCUUUUACUUGGUGCCGGCACUAAGAAAAAUGGAGUCAUAUGCACCAAGACAGAAGCCAAACGUGACCGUGAUCGCAUCGCUCGCAUGCGUGCAGAACGCGCAAGUCGUAACACACGGACACCCGGUACUGCUCGCCAGAGAAAUCUUAGUCGCGUACGGUCUAAAUCGAACGCAGGCGGACAGCGUAACAAUGCUGGACAGGUGAGCUAUCAGAUGUAUGAAACUCCAGCUAACGCUGCUCCACCACUCGUACAUGCACGAGCUUAA